AUGUUUAUCAGAACAAUAUUUCUCCUCUGCUUUGUGGUUUCACUCUCACAACUUGUUCGUUGCAUGGAAACUGAACUUUGCUUCCCUGUUAGAUUGGAUAACCACAAACAUGACAGGAGGGAUUUUGACAACGACGUGGAAAUCCUAAAUGGAAAAUGUGUCCUCCAAAUACGAGCUUUCCAGCAGGAAUUUGUGAUCGAUUUACACCAGGACUCGAAUUUCAUUGCGCCCUCUAUUUCUAACCAAGACGCGUUCUGGCUCUCCAACACCGACGCCACUGACCUGCGCCAGUGUUAUUACUCCGGAUACGUGCAUGCUGACCCACAUUCGUAUGCUGCUUUGAGCCUCUGUAAGGGUGUGCACGGUGCAUUUGGCUUCCAGGGUUGGGAAUAUUUUGUCAGUCCGGUGCAAAAUGACACGGCAAGCGCAGAAGGUGCGCACACCAUUCGGCGCAGAAGCAGCAACAACCUGAAGCUCAAUUCAACCUCUAGGUGCGCCGUGGACAGCGACAUAAGUCUCCAGGUUGCGCAAUCGUUGGAGAAAUAUAAGCGACUACAAGACUACAACAAUGUGACCGAAACGAUGCUGAAGAAGAUGGGGAGAACCAAAAGGUUCGCUUCCAUCCCCAGGUACGUGGAGACGCUCGUGGUGGCCGACGAGUCCAUGGUGCAGUUCCAUGGAGAUGACUUAAAACACUACCUCUUGACUCUGAUGGCAGUGGCCGCGAGGCUCUACAAACACCCCAGUAUUCUCAACUCCAUUAACAUCAUGGUUGUGAAGAUCAUGUUUAUAUCCGAGGAGGACAAAGGACCCGAGGUGUCCGGUAACGCAGCCAUGACGCUGCGAAACUUUUGCACUUGGCAAAAGAAGAUGAACAAAAACAACGACAAGCAGGCCGACUACUGGGACACCGCAAUCCUUUUCACCAGACAGGACCUGUGUGGAGCUUCCACUUGUGACACUCUUGGCAUGGCAGAUGUUGGCACCAUGUGCGACCCCAAGAGGAGCUGCUCUGUGAUCGAAGACGACGGCCUCCCCUCAGCCUUCACCACUGCUCAUGAGCUUGGACACGUAUUCAACAUGCCACACGACAACGUGAGGGCCUGUGAGGACGUGUUUGGGAAACUACAGGACAACCACAUGAUGUCUCCCACUCUCAUUCAGAUCAACCGCACCAGACCAUGGUCCCCCUGCAGUGCUGCCAUCAUCACUGAAUUCCUGGACAGCGGGCAUGGGGAAUGUUUGCUCGACCAGCCUCAGAAACCGUUGUUCCUCCCUGAAGUGCUGCCGGGAACAUCCUACAUCCUCAACCGUCAGUGUGAGCUUGCGUUCGGAGAGGGCUCCAAGCCCUGUCCCUUUAUGCAGCCACCAUGUGGCCGUCUGUGGUGCACAGGAAAGUCCAACGGCCAUUUGGUGUGUAUGACUCGUCACUUCCCCUGGGCAGAUGGCACACACUGUGGGGACAAUCAGGUCUGCCACCAGGGGGUCUGUUCGCACAAACAGAUCCGAAAUGUGAAGGUGGACGGUCGUUGGGGGAGGUGGGGCCCAUUCGGUUCCUGCUCACGCACAUGUGGAGGCGGCGUCCAACUUUCUAAAAGAGAGUGUAUCAACCCAGUUCCGUCAAAUGGGGGUAAAUACUGCCAAGGGGUGAGGGUCAAAUUCCGCUCCUGCAACCUAAACCGCUGCGCUGACACAGGUAAGAAUUAUCGCGAGGAGCAGUGUGCAACCAGUGGCCGCAGCUUUAAUAGUAACCGGAUCGACCCCUCUGUGGUGUGGGUACCCAAGUACUCUGGCGUGUCCACUGAUGACAGGUGUAAACUCAUCUGCAGAGCUAACGGCACGGGCUACUUCUAUGUCCUGGCACCCAAGGUUGUGGAUGGGACUCCAUGCUCCCCUGACUCCACAGGAGUGUGUGUCCAAGGGAAGUGCAUUAAGGCUGGCUGUGAUGGAAAAAUCGGCUCCACCAAGAAGUUUGAUAAGUGUGGAAUCUGCGGAGGUGAUAGCAAGGGCUGCAAAAAGGUGUCGGGACUCUUCACAAAGCCUGAGCACGGCUACAACUUUGUGGUCAUGUUACCAGUGGGCGCAGCCAACAUAGACAUCCGUCAGCGAGGCUACAAGGGAAUGAGGAGUGAUGACAACUAUUUGGCGGUUAAAAACAGCGAGGGCCACUACCUGCUCAAUGGGAACUACGUAGUGUCAGCUGGAGAGAGGGACAUCAUUAUAAAGAAAAGUCUCCUGCGCUACAGCGGCACAGCCGGCCUCGCCGAGACCCUGCAGGCUGUGAAGCCCUUGGGAGAAUCCCUGACUGUGGAGGUGCUGUGUGCAGGCCAGUUGACGCCGCCUCGCAUUCGCUACUCCUUCUACCUCGCCCGUCAGAUUAAGGAGGACAAGACUCUAAAGAAGGUGGGGGGUGUAAACUCCCAUAAUAGUGUUCUGGCUGAGGAUAGUGUCAAGGAGAAUGGGGGAGACACCCUGAAGAAGUCUUAUAGCAAAGAGGAUCCUGCUCUUGGGAAAUGGAUAUCCACAGGUUGGGAUCGGUGCUCAGUGACCUGCGGCAGUGGGAUCCAGAGGAGGAUGGUGCAGUGUCUGAGACUGGAUGGGAAGCCAGGGUUGGACUGUGAUCCUUCCCAAAGACCCUCAGCCACCAGGGUUUGUGGAGACCCCUGUCCGGAGUGGCAUAUUGGGCAGUGGUCACCUUGCUCCAGAACCUGUGGGAAGGGAUUCAAGAGACGACCUUUGCACUGCCAAACCCAAACUGGGCAUCUGCUCCCAAGGGACCACUGCACUGGCUUACGCAAACCACAGGAGCUGGACUUCUGUAACCUAAUGCCUUGCUAGUGACUAAAACCUAUAAACUACAAAAAUGUUUUAAAAGGACUGAAUUGAAUCCACCUGCAAGUAUCACACACACUGUGUCGGUCGGGUGCAAAUCUUUCCACCUGCCUCAUGGGAAACCAAUAAUAUUGGAAGGAGAAUGAAAGCCGCAGGAUGAAUGCUGCAAGAUAUUUUUCACUGCCAUCACUCUGACUUCAAAAGACAUUGUCCAGGUCUACUCUGAUGACAAAACACUGAUAGAAGUGUCACAUAAAAUGUAAUGGAAUCCUUGGUACUGUCAGCAGAUACAGAAUUCCCAUUUGGAAACAAUCAAUCUAGUUUAUCUUAUGAGUCAGAACCCCAUUUUACAUCAUAUUUGAACUGUUCAGGUUUCAAAGAUUUAGUUGAGUCUUGCAAAUAGAUCAGUGAAGCCUUUAGGUUUUCCAAAAAAUGACUUCAAUAUACCAGGUUUGACAUCCAUAACUUCUUACUACUGGACAAAUAUGUAACUCUCACAUGAUAACAUUGUGUGUGAUCUUCAAGAUUGAAUAGAUAUCUGUACCACUGCAUAUUUGAACAUGUUUUACUCCUGAUACUUUGACAAAAACAAACAAUAACGACCAAGCCCACAUUGCUCCUCCAAAACUAGGAGGCUGCAAACUUUUUCUGCAGACCUCAAUGAGCAGCAGUCAUGAAAACAGUUUAAACUAGAAGUCACUUUGGUGGUUUUAAAGAUCUGACUAAACAAAGCUCAUCAAGCUGAACCCAACAUAACACUGCUUAUCUGAGAUAAGGGAUAUAAUAUAGCCCUUAUCUCAAUAAUCUCAAUAAUGUCCACACAUUCUGCAUUAAAUUCCCGCCUGCUGUGUUCAGCAUGUCUGGUUGCUUCCUUCAUUUCCUUUAUCAGUCGACCGCAACAAUUGUCUUCUCAGUUCAUAGUGUUCAGCCAUGUCGAGUCACGCCUGUCUGGCACAGUUACCACUGUAAUUUAUUAUCAAUGAAACGAUAAAAAAAAACUGGCACACCCUCCGUUUUGCUGUAUAUAAUUGGUGUUUUCCUGGAUCGCCUUGUUUGUGGCCCCAAAGCCAGAGCCAAGUUGUUCUUUCUACAAACUUGCUGAAAUCCUGUAAUCCAUUAUAUUCUUGUUUUGUUUCUUAACGGGGCUACAUUGUCCAGUCCAGCAUCCAACUGUCGGAUGGAUCAUGCAUUCGUUGGAUUAUCAUUUUAAUUUUGUAUCAGCUUUUGCACUUUGUACAGCAAAAGAAAACUAUGACCAACAUGGGCUGUAUUGUAUACUAUGUAUAUAUUUAUUCAGCUCUGUGAAGAAAAAAAAUGUAAAUACUUUUUAAAUACU